AUGCCACCCCCACCCCCCCUCCCAGACUCCAACACCGCCCUAACCUUCACCGCCCCCUCCACCCCACCCCACCUAACCCACACCCCCCUCCCCACCCCCUCCCCAACCCAACUCCUCCUCCGCCUCCACACCGCCGCCAUAAACCCCGUCGACAUCCAACUCUGGGCCUCGCCGCUCCUCGGCCUGCUCGCCGGCCGCCGCGAAAAAGGCCUCGGCCGCGACUACGCCGGCACCGUGGCAGCCGUCGGCGCGGGGCUCAAGGGCCGGUGGGAGGAAGGGGAGCGCGUGUUUGGGCUCGUUAAUCGGCCGGCGGGGGAGGGCGCGUUUAGCCGCUACUUGCUCGUGGAGCCGGGGAAGGAGCCUGUGGCCAGGGUGCCGCGCGCGUGGACCGACGUGCAGGCCGCCGCGGUCCCGCUGGUCGCGCUCACGGCGUACGCGUGUCUGGCGUGGCUGCCGCCUGCUGUCAAAGCGGAAGAGGGCGAGAGGAAGAGGCGCGUGGUCGUCGCGGGCGCGAGCGGCGGCGUCGGCGGCUGGGUCGUGCAGCUCGCGGCGCGCGCGGGCUGCCACGUAACGGGGAUCUGCUCUGCGGCCAACGCGGCGUACGUGCGCGGGCUGGGCGCCGACGAGGUGCUCGACUACGGCGCGCAGGACGUGGUUGCGGCGCUGCAGCAGCGCGUCGAGGAGGCGGGCCAGUACGAUCUCUACGUCGACUGUGUCGGCGGGACGCAGUUGUUUGGCUGCUGGACACGCGUGCUGAGUCGCAAGGGCGCGUAUGUGACGAUCGUCGGGGACAAGACGGGGCGGACUGCGCUGGGGGGGCCGGUGACGUAUUUCACGUAUCCGGCGCAGGUGGCGCGGUUUGUGUAUGGGUAUUUCUUCGGGCCGCGGUAUGCGAAUGUGCUGUUGCUGCAGCAGGGAGAGCUGUUGGAGCACGUGGCGCGGUUGGCGGAUGAGGGGGGCCUGCAGGUUGUGGUGCAGGAUGUGGUGGAGGGGAUUCUGGAUGAGGAGGAGCAUGGGGAGGCGUGGGAGAAGGUCAGGGGGUAUAUGGAGGGGGGGAGGGUGAGGGGGAAGAUUGUUGUUAGGAUUGCAGACUAGGGCAAUGGGUUGUGGGUGGAGAGUUAAGGCGAACGGGCUAAUCCAUGAGAAUGAAUAGUCAGGCUUCAUGUGGUGCUGCUAGACACUUUUGUGAAGACCCAAGUCAACGGAUGCUCAGAGACUCCAAGGAGCUCCACAUGUGGCAGGCCUUUGAAGGACUUCAAG